AUGCAGUACAUCAUCGCCGUAGACGUCGGCACGACGACGAUCCGUGCCUGUCUGUACGAUGACAAGUGCCGGUUGGUCGACGUCGCUUCAGAUAAGAUUCAAGUGGAAAUCUCUGGAAAUGGUGAACUUCGGGUAGAAAUCGACCCUGAUGUGCUGUUCGAUCAGUUCAUUCAGGCAUUAAAUGUUAUCGGUGCUGUGUUAUACUUCUUGACACGUAAUCCACGAUUCAAGGCUGCUCGGAUGCUGAAAUUUCUCAGUUCGAUGGUCUCGCAUCGUGUUAUGGUGACCAUUCAACAGUCGAUGACUCUGAAGAAUUUACUCGAGCUUGACAAAUUAGAUUUCGGCUGUCUUGAAACAUGGCUUCUGUGGAGGUUGACCGAUGGUAAUGUGCACAUUGCUGAGGCAUCUAACUGCUCGUCGACUGGAAUGUUUGACCCAUUCAUAAAUGACUACAACAUGGUAAUACUGCGAAUUAUGGGUUUUCCGACAAUGAUUCUACCUCAAGUGGUUGACUCGGCCAACCAUGCGAGACCACUAGGUCAUGUGGCACAGCGAUUGUUCUCUCGGAAUAUACCGAUUUAUGCCGUGUUGGCUGAUCAACAGUCAGCAUUAUAUGGAAGUGGAGGUUGGAGGAGAGGAGAUGUCAAGAUAUCUCUUGGAACGGGAACGUUUGUCGAUAUGAAUACUGGUAGCACCAUUCACGCGUCGAUGACUGGAUUGUACCCUUUGGUAGCAUGGCGUGUUGAAAACGAACCCGUAUUCGUUGCUGAAGGAAAUAAUCAUGCUACAGCAGUAGUGCUUAAAUGGGCUGAAAGUAUCGGACUCUUCUCAAAUGUUGCCGAAAUUUCUGACCUAGCACGGACGGUUCCGGAUUCAAAUGGAGUCCUCUUCAUACCUGCAUUUGGAGGCAGGAUUUAUAUGGUUAGGGCGAUUUUGGAGUCAAUCGCAUUUCGUGUCUAUCAAAUUUUGGAGACAAUGCACGAUGAAGUCGGUAUUAUCGACAAACCUAGGAUAAGAAUAUGUGGUGGCGUAGCGGCAAACGACUUUAUAUGCCAAACUAUUGCUACAUUAACUGGUGUAGCAAUUGAAAGGAUGAAAGACGUUAGUUAUGUGGCUUGUCGUGGCGUUGCUCUUCUUGCCGGAUAUGCUCAAGGUGCGUGUGCAAUGUUUAAAGAUGAACUCAUGAAGCUGUCAGCGUCGUUAAUUUCCCUGAAAUUUGUAGUUCAGUCAAAAAUUUUAAAUUCUAUUUAG